GCUGGAUGCGGUGAAGUUCGCGCAGCUGGCAGUGCAGCGGGACCAGAGCGGGCGCUACCAGGAAGCGGUCUUCUACUACAAGGUGGGAACAAGUACUGGCUGUGCGCUGCUGUUUACUGGCGGGCUUAGGGGUGGCACUGCAGCUACAGUACUUGGAAAGCGGCUACGGGCACUUCUUCCAGCUGCUGGAGGCACAAGCCCUUCGGUGCUUCUCGGGAAGCUUCGUCGUAACCUAGCUAAAAAUGUCUCUGCCCCGGUGGUUCUCCACUUUCAUUCCUGGCCUGUCCCCUACCCCCAUCAGGCCUGAAAGACUGUUCAGUUUUAUGUUGGAGAUGUAAGCGCAGCACAUUUUGGAGAACUGCAAGUGGGCAUACUGCAGCUCUUGAGUACGCAGCUGGAAACAACUCUCUUGUAUAAUCAUUUGUCAAAUAAGUAGAGAAGUACAUGGUGAAAUACCAGAUGCUCAGCAGUGAGCUGGCUUCAGAUCACAAGCUACGAGUAACGUGUUUUUAACUACAUGUGAAUAUUCUUUCUACUAGGGAUCUGGUUUUAUUAUUUCAAUACAGCUUCAGGAAGCUGCACAAGCCUUGAUUUAUGCUGGGAUGGCAGGGUCCAACCUGGAAAAUAUUCAAGAAAAAAUAAAUGAGUACUUGGAGAGAGUUCAAGCUCUCCAUUCAGCAGUUCAGUCGCAGAACACAGACCCUCUGAAGUCAAAACAACAGUUGGACUUGGAGCGUGCUCACUUCCUAGUUACACAGGCUUUUGAUGAAGAUGAUAAAGGCAAUGCAGAAGAAGCUGUAGAGUUGUACACAGAAGCGGUGGAACUCUGUUUGAAAACAGCUACUGAAACUUCAGAAGCAGGCCUCCAGUCAAAACUGAAACAGCUGGCUCGACAAGCACUGGAUAGAGCAGAGGCACUGAAGGAAUCUGUGUCAAAGUCAUCUCAGAAGGAGAAGUCAACUGCAGCUAAACCAAAUCUGCCAGUCAGAACAUUCUUUCCACUGGGACCUGAUUUUUCUUUAAAUGAUAAACCACAGACAAUCAGAGCAGUACAAGCUAGCGAAUCUCAAGGUCAGAGAUACACUGCAGAGGAGAUUGAAGUGCUUAGAAAGACUUCAAAAAUUAAUGGCAUUGAAUAUGUACCUUUCAUGAGUGUUGAUCUGAGGGAACGUUUUGCCUUCCCUAUGCCAUUUUCUGAUAAAUAUGGGAAGUUACCAUUAUCCCCCAAACAGAAAGCAAUGUUUGCCAAGUGGGUGCGACCAGAUGACAUAACAAAUAACCCUACAAUGAUUUAUACUGUAUCAAGUUUCAGCAUAAAGCAGACAAUAGUGUCAGAUUGUUCUUUUGUGGCAUCGCUAGCUAUCAGUGCAGCAUAUGAAAGAAGAUAUAACAAAAAAUUGAUCACAAGUAUAAUUUACCCUCAGAAUAAGAAAGGAGAACCAGAAUAUAAUCCGUGUGGCAAAUACAUGGUGAAGCUUCAUAUCAAUGGUGUACCUAGAAAGGUAAUCAUAGAUGACCAGUUACCUGUUGAUCAUAGUGGGGAACUUCUCUGCUCUUACUCUAACAAUAAGAAUGAAUUAUGGGUAUCACUAAUAGAAAAGGCUUACAUGAAGGUCAUGGGAGGAUAUGAUUUUCCUGGAUCAAAUUCUAAUAUUGAUCUCCAUGCACUGACUGGUUGGAUACCUGAAAGAAUUGCUAUGCACUCUGACAAUCAAGCUUUCAAUAAAGAUAGUACUUUCAGAAUGCUUUAUCAGAGAUUUCACAAAGGAGAUGUCCUUAUCACAACAGCAACAGGGGUGAUGUCUGAAGAGGAAGGAGAAAAAUGGGGUUUAGUUCCAACCCAUGCGUAUGCAGUCUUGGAUAUAAGAGAAUAUAAGGGACUUCGAUUUCUUCAGUUGAAAAAUCCCUGGAGCCACUUACGUUGGAAGGGACGAUACAGUGAAAAUGACACAAGAAACUGGACCCCAGAUUUACAAAAAUACUUGAACUUUGAUCCACGAACAGCUCAGAAAAUAGACAAUGGCAUUUUCUGGAUUGCCUGGGAGGACCUGUGCCAGUACUAUGAUGUUAUUUAUUUGAGUUGGAACCCAAGUCUUUUUAAAGAAUCUACGUGUAUUCACAGUACUUGGGAUGCAAAGCAAGGUCCAGUGAAGGAUGCCUACAGCCUGGCUAAUAAUCCUCAGUACAAGCUAGAGGUCCAGUGUCCACAAGGUGGUGCUGCCGUCUGGGUUCUGCUUAGCAGGCACAUCACAGAUAAGGAUGACUUUGCACACAAUCGGGAAUUCAUUACAAUGGUUGUAUACAAGACUGAUGGCAAAAAAGUUUACUAUCCAGCUGAUCCUCCUCCAUAUAUUGAUGGUAUUCGGAUCAACAGUCCUCAUUAUCUGACCAAGAUAAAGCUGACCUCUCCAGGGCCCCAUAUAUUUACCUUAGUGGUGUCUCAGUAUGAGAAACAAAACACCAUCCAUUACACCAUCAGGGUGUAUUCCUUGUGCAAGUUCACCUUUUCCAAGAUUCCUACACCUUAUACCAUUUCCAAACGGGUUAAUGGACAGUGGAAAGGUCACAGUGCUGGAGGAUGUGGAAAUUUCAGAGACACCUACAAAAAUAACCCCAUUUACCAAUUCCAGCUGGACAAGAAUGGACCAUUACUAAUUGAACUACGGGGACCAAGGCAAUACAGUGUUGGUUUUGAACUCAUCACAGUCUCGACAGUAGGAGAUCCUGGUUCCUAUGGCUUUCAGAAAAAGAGCAGCGGUGAUUACAGGUGUGGAUUUUGCUACUUGGAAGUGGAGAACAUAUAUGCUGGAGUUUACAACAUUAUCCCCACCACAUUCCUGCCUCAACAAGAGGGUCCUUUUUUCUUAGAUUUUAACAGUGCUACUUCUCUUAAGGUGUCACAGCUGCAGUGAGGAGACAGAUCGGUGCAUUACUGUUUAAGGAGGUGGUUUUGAUCUGUCCUACAGUCUGAGAACAGGUGAAUAACUCUUACUACACAUACGCAUAAAAGAAAAUUACAUUCUAAGUUAGAACCAAAAGCAUGGAAUCACUGAUUUACCAGUUAAUUGUGGUAGACAGCUGUGGUUUUUGCUGCUGUGGUAUUGGACUGAGCACUGUUCAACAGGCUUGUGAACAGGCUAAAAUACUUAAAUUCAAAUGAACUGGCAGAACUCCAUUUAUUGCAAUUUUUCCACACUUCAAAUCAAAGCCUAGUGAGUUAAGAGAAAAACUAACAUUGAAAGUCUCUUCUCCCAAAAUACAGGGUAUAUAGGUUUAAGAUUUUAUUCUUAAAAGUAAACAUGUAAGAAAAAAUUUCUGCGUAUUCUGCUUAUUCAGUCUCAGGACCAAAUAGCUUUUACUACGUAUUUGUGCUGCUAUCUUGAAUGUUUUCACCACUGAACUAGUUCUCACAUCUAAAUGUAAAUUUAUUACUGCUGAGCACAUAGUAUUCCAGACUAGCAUGUUCAGCUUAUCU